AUCCAAACAUAGCGUUAGUGUUUUUUGCUAAAACACCUUAAGUUUGAGCGGGGGUGUGAGAAUAUUAUUGUAGUUAUGGAAAUAUAUCAAUUUGGUUGAUUAUAUAUUUUAGAUUGAUUGUGUGAAUAUUAGAUUGAUUGUAUAGGGUUAUUAUUUCCUAUUUCAGAUUAGGUUUAGGAUUGCUAUAUAUAUCGGUUGUCAUCUUUGUAUUAGAAACAAGUUGAAUAUACAGAUCAUUCAGAAAAACUUACAUGAAUAAGGUUGGGUACAAAAGUCAGUUAAUUACUUGUCUAGCCGUAUACAAGCAGUAGGCAUGUUUUAUCUGUGUCUAAUGCAAUUCAGUAGAAUUUGCAAUUCUAUCAUGAUAUGUUUUUGUAUAUGUUGUUUUGGAUGACUAUGGUUGUCAAUGUAUUGGUAUUCAAUAGGUUUUCAUCGAAUUAAGUCCCCAGUAUUGUGGGGUGUGAUUAUAUUAUCCACACUGGCUAUUUCACAUGCCAUAUUUCAAAUCACUUUGGCUGUUGAGGGGGAUCAAUGGAGUAUGGUGGAUGCUCGUUGGGCAAAGCUUAUUGGUCUCUUAAGAGAUCACUCCUUGAAGUCUCCGUCCAUUAUUUAUUUCCUGGUCGUUCAACUAGUGGCAGCUUUGGUUGCAGUUUUUGAAGUGUAUGGGAGUAGAUUUGGGCUGGAUCUAUAUAGAAACCUUUGUUUGGGCCAUUUACUUUCUUCUUUCGAGCAUAUAGGUUCUUAUCUCAGGGUUCUAUGCUGUUUAUUGUUGCCUGCUGUUCAGCUGGUUGUGGGCAGUAGCCACCCUUCAUGGGUUUCUCUACCAUUUUUCAUUUGUAGCUGCAUUGGACUUAUUGAUUGGUCUUUAACAAGCAAUUUUCUAGGCCUCUUCAGGGGAUGGAGGUAUCUUUUGUUGUAUGCAGGCUUGAAUAUUGUUCUACUGUAUGUAUAUCAGCUCCCUGGAGAAUUCUCUUGUAUGUUUCAAUGGCAUGCUGAUUUCAUUGGGCUCUAUAAAAUAUCUGCGAAGUCUAAUUGGUCAGAAAUAUGUUCGGGUGUUUCACUUCUUCUUUUCUACUUCAUGCUUUCCUGCAUUAGAUAUGAUCUUGUGGAAAUGGAUAUCAUUAUGUCCACGAGAGAAACUAGCUUGACUGAGCAGCUUCUUCCCUUGAAACAUUCUUUUCUCAUUCAUGAAUUGAGGUAAUAUAAAUUGGGUGUUUUA